GAUUCUGUUCGGCUGACCACAAUCAACCCGUACUUAAUCGAGCAGAAGAGGAUCAAGCAAUUGCUUACAGUUGAUGAUAAUGCAGUAAACCUUUCGACACGGGAACAAGAUCCGCCACCCAAGUUCAGGUUUUUAAAUUUAGCUUGCUUCGAAUUCGACUAACAGAGAUUUAGACUCCAAGGCUGCGCUAUGGAUUCCACUUCAUCCAGUUACCAGGCGAGUUCAAACGCCGCGCCCCUAAAUGAAGUUAUGUCAAAGAAGGAUCGACGAGCACAGUUAGCGAAGCUAUUCAUCGUGGCGUUUGUUUCCAUUGGAAUCGUUGCUCUUACUGUAUUCGAUGUGAUUCAAACAGCUAAAUCUCUAGAGAAGAAAAUCGAGCUCACAGAUAAAAUUCACGCUAGUAUCGAUGCAGCUAUGUUAAUUCAUAGUUUGCAAAAAGAGAGAGGAAUGACCGCAUUAUACUCUACUCAGAGUCUGUUGAACUCCGACAGACGUAAGCUACGGCAAUUUCGGGAAAAAACGGAUGAAACUAUUGUUAAAUUGAAGACGAGAAAUAGUGGAAGCCUCGAUAAACUAUCGGGCGGUAAAGAGCCAUUUGUGAACAUUUUAAAAGAAAAAAAGCGUAUAAUUGACGAAGGAGAAGCAUCAACCAUUGAAAUUUUGAAGAAAUACCGAGAAUGGAUUGAUGAGCUAAUUUCUACGCUCGCAGAAUAUUUGAGGUCGGAAAACGCAGGGGGAUUCGCGAACUUAGUUUACGCAUACGAAUUGUUAAUCAUGAGCAAAGAAGAAGCUGGGAUGGAACGAGCACUUGGUGGUUUGAGAUUUAUAGAAGGAAAAAAUUUCAGCCAUGCAAACAAAACAUGGUACAUACAGAAAAGCACUCUUGCUCAACAAUACCUCAGAACUGGUUUCUUAAUUUCGAACGAAAUGAAGGACAUUCAUUCCUCUGUAUUCGCUAACAGGUCGCAUUUGAUGAAAGAAAUUGAAAGAAAAAGAAAAGUCUUAUUCAGUGAAUCUCACACAGAACCAUCUAAAGAGGAUGGUCUCGAAUGGUUUGAUUUGAUGACAAAAUACAAUAACGCAUUGUUGGAAUUACAGAGGAGGCAAGCUGACAUGAUUAAUGCAAUGGUUGACAAGACAGUUGCUGAAAAUGCAAAUCAACUCGUCAUCCGGUCGAUGCUUCUGUGCUUUACCUUGAUUAUUGUGCCAGCUAUUAUUUUAUCGUUAGGAAGGGUGCAGAAACAUUUCUAUGAAUAUACGUUGUCAUUGUUCGAUAAAGUUGGUCUAGAGCAAGCGAGAACGGACUUUUUAAUGAGACAAAAUUCAAGAUACAUUGAAAAUUUGUCACAGAAGUGGAGGGAUUUUUCCAAUCAGAACCAUAGCGCGAGUUCCAGCAACAGAGUGGCUCCCAAUGCUGUUGUAAUUGGUAGCCAUUGAAAAAAAAUGUCAAAGAAAUGAAAGGAACUUGUUGCUGGUUAUUCCAAAUACU